AUGUCAGUAGUCCAGUCGCAGCCAGGCUUCUUCCAGCGCCUCCUAGCCCCCAAGUCGACGCCGGAGCUCGAACAGCUCAUCGCACAGGGUUUCGCGCCGCGCAAGGCAGCCAAGGCGCUCUCGCUGUGCGACAACGACGUGCACCGCGCGAGCGUCAAGCUCACGCACGACGCACACACCCCCGACGCCAACGCCAAGGCAUGGAACUUUGUGCCCGUGCCCGGGUGUGAGGUGUGCGAGCGCCGGGCACGCUCCGACGCCGCGGCGCGCGCAGAGGUCGAGCACUCGAACCACCUGCGGCACGAUAAGGUCACCAACCAGAUUCUCUACGUCGACGGGUGCACGAUAUGCAAUAUACUCAAGGAGAGCCAUGUGGAUCGGCAGGAGGGCCGCGAGGCGAAGCCUUUCCGCAUUGUAUAG